GUAUCGGGACUGGGUUUGUGGUGGUGGAUCGGGCGGGAACCAAAGCGCGCCUUGGUCACGAUCAACGCUAUUCCCAAUCGGGACUUGCAGUGACAGUCCAUCGACGUAAGAGCUACAUAAUAACCAGGCCGCUUUGGUGAUGACGUCUUUGAGCAGCUCAACCAGCUAUAAAGAUUCUCGAUGCCAGCAUCAUGGAGGUAGCCUUUGACAAUUCGAACAUUGAGUACCAAAUCAGUCUAUUUGACCACUACUCUAAAUCAUCUACUUCUGACCUCUACAUCAUCCCACUCUCAAUCCCAACAACUUGAAUACCUUACAAUCCACCAUGUCUUUCCUCGCCCGCAUUGCUCCCGCUGCUCGCACAGCUUCGCUGUCUCUCCGACCUACCACUACUCUCGCUCUCUCUGUCGGUGCCACCCGCUCGAUCUCCGCUACUGCCCGUCGAGACAAGGGACCCAUCGAUGCCACCAAGGAAACCCUGAAGAAGGCUGACCGCAAGGUUUCGGAUGCCGCUGUGAAGGGCAUUGAAGUGGGAGAGAACGCCGCCGAGAAGGUCAAGGGCACCGUUAGCAGCACCGCCUCUGAGGCCAAGGCCAAGACCGACGAACUGUCUGGUGACGCAUCCCAAGUGGCCGGCAAGGGCAAGGGCAAGGCUGAAGAGACACUCGGUACUGCUAAGGGCAAGGCACAGGAAGCUGCUGGAGAGGUCAAGGGCAAAGCACAGGAAGCCGCCGGAGAGGUUAAGGGCAAGGCCAAGGAAACUGCUGGACGGUUUUAGACAAGGCCCCAGAUGGAGACACUUAACAUACGCUUGACGACCUGCA